UCUUGAUUGGCUUUUACAACCAGCUGACCUAAUCAAAAGCCUGUUAUAUUUGACUAAAGCUGAGCCAAUGAGACAGGUUGAAUGGAUCCGCGGCCCCCGCUGCACAUCGGACGAUAUGAAUGCUUAUGAUGAAGACGAGGCUCAUGGAAUCCUGGAAGGGGACGAGGCGCCACCCCAUGACCUCAUCAAAUGUGGCGAGUGCAACAAGGACUUUGCCCUGGCCGAUAUAGUCAAGUUUAUUGAACACAAACGAAAAUGCUACCCACGAAACGAUCACAUACAACAGUCGCCACCUUCGGAAGAGGGGGAAAAUGGGGAGGAUGCAACCCUGGGCAAGACGGACACAGACGAGGCAAGAGAAAGCACAGAGACUGUGGAGGAAGACAAGGAAGAGGUCACUAUCAUGGAUGUGGUAGUGAGGUCGGAAAAGCCAAAGAUAAUCACACCUAUUAAGAGGAUAUCAUCAACGUCAUCAAUGCAGAGGGAUCUAAUCUCACCUAGAGUCAAGCAAACACAAACACAAACUUCAGAUCCUGAACAGUCCAAGACUUACAUUUGCUACUCCUGUAAAGAUUUGUUUGAAAAUGCUGCAAGUCUACUUGAACAUGUCCAGUGUGACCACGGGAUGCAGAUCUACCAACAGCCCUGGAAGACCAGUGACAGUAACAGUACGCUAUCAGAAUGCAGCUCUCGAUGCUCAACGGAGGCCAAGACGUCCCGUAAGACUCACACACCGGAGUCUCCUAACAGCGACGUCAAGGUUAUCCUACCCACGUCCUCGUCAUCGUCGUCCUCAUCAAGCGCAAUCCCUCUGCCACCUCCUCCACUUCCUCCUCCAAUACCCGCUGUUUCCAUGCCAGUGUCAUCAUCUGUUGCAGCUCCUCCGUCAAUCCACCACCCCCCAUUGCUGGUCCACAGCUCCCAUGCCCACCUUCCAGUACAUUCCCUCGAUGGAAAUCCACUCUCCAUGUUCAUGCGACCGCCAACAAAUGAGCGACACAUGUACAGUGGUACUGUCAACCCUGGCUCUUGCGUGACACUACGGGAGGUUCUAGCACCAGACCAUCCCAACAUGGAGCGGGUGGGUCUGAAUAGCCACAUGAUGAUGUCGCAAGGCUAUGAUCAUAAUUCCCAUCACGCAUUCCCACCAACCAAUCCUUCAAUUGUGGAAGCCAAUAUUGACAUGUACUCACAGCGACUACGAGACCUUGCUGCAGCGGGUCCGAUGAUGCAUCCCAAAAAGAAGGGGUUCCAUUACCCGGUGUUCGCUCCCCGCUUCAAGUCCCCGUUCUCACCCAAAGUGAAGGCCUGCGAGUUUUGCGGGAAGACUUUUAAGUUUCAAAGCAACCUGAUUGUGCAUCGUAGGUCUCACACAGGGGAAAAACCAUAUAAAUGUCAGCUGUGUGAUCACGCUUGCAGUCAGGCCAGCAAGCUAAAACGACAUAUGAAAACGCAUAUAAACAAGCCACCAUCUACGCUGACAUCACCAUCUUCGGAACAUCAAAGCCUGGGAGAUGAGGCCAGCGGUGGGGAGACCAGUGCAAGCUCUCUCAUUAAAACUGCUGUGGACAGAUACAUGAGUGAGAGUAAAUAUUCCAGCAAAGAUACAUCAAUCGAUGAUGAAGAGGAGGAGGAGGAGGAGGAAGAAGGAGAAGAGGAGUUUGAAGAUGAGGAUGAGAUGGAGGAAAUCAGUGAUGAAGACGAGAAUGCUGGCGAAAAUUCCUCGGAUACAGAAGGUCCGAGUCGGAAUCCUGGGGAGGAUCACCACGGAGAGAAAGAGAACCACUCUUCCCUCUUGAGUGAGGUGAUGAAACGUACAGGUCUGAGUGAGAUUCAACAGUAUAAUGAGGCCUAUCGUCAGGCCAUGGCUGAGAGAUUUGUAGACUGUCAUCGUUCAUCGAGAAUAGAGGAGCAUGGUGCAAGACAAAUACCCGACAGACAUCAGAUAGAACUUGGAUCCGGUGAGGAGACUCUGAAAAACGUCUUGGCUGGCACCAGCUUCCGAGACCAUGAGAAGGAGUCGGCCUACCUUCGGGAAUCACCAACAUUGUCGCCAAGAAAUGCCAUGAUGGGGUUGGAACAGGUGACCAAGCGUAUCAAAGUAGAGCCGUCAUCUCCAACUUGGCCGUCGGAGUCCAGCAGCCUUCCCAGUAAAGACCCUUUCAUCCACUCACCGGGUCACCCCUCGGAGAGUAGCCCUUCCACAAGUGCCACCAAUGGGACACUCUCUAGCUACUACAGCAGAAGCAACACCACGGAGAGGCCCCCGCAUUCCAGCCCAUCUGGCACUCUGCCCUACAGUAGUCUUGGCAUGCACAAGUCCCCAAAGCAGAUAGCAAUGGACCGGCGCAGUGGAACGUGUGAAUUCUGCGGCAAAGUAUUCAAGAAUUGCAGCAACUUGACGGUGCAUCGACGAAGUCACACCGGCGAGAAGCCUUACAAGUGCAAGUUGUGUCCGUAUGCCUGUGCCCAGAGUAGUAAGCUCACACGUCACAUGAAGACGCAUGGGCACGGUGCAAAGGAAGUCUUUAAGUGUGAGGUGUGUGGCAUGCCAUUCUCGGUUUACAGCACGCUGGAGAAACACAUGAAGAAAAAUCAUUGGGGUAAUAUUAGAGGUACCACUCGUUGACAACGUCUCAAAUGCCACAAAAACCAUCUUGGUUCUUGUCAAGAAAAAUCCAGAUUUGUAUGGCGUCAGUUUCCAAAAUUAAUGCCAUACUUAGCUGCAAAUAAAAUGUGUCAAACAUCUAAAAGAUACAUAUUAUUUUUUAAUUUCUGGGUUGAUUAUGUGGUUACUUCGAUGACAUUUAGGGUUAGGGAAAAAAGGCAUGUCUUUAAUAAGACAAAAACCAACAAAAAGCACCCAAAUUUGAAUUGACCAUACAUUUACAGAAGCUUUCUUGAUUUUGAUGAAACUCUUUAGGAUCCAGUUAUGCACAAAGCAUCCAGAGUUUCUUUAAUGUUGGCUUUGUACUACCGCAAUUUUGUACUACAUCAGAAUAAGUUAGCGGAUAUUAGGUGCUUGGGCUAGGUUCCUGAUUUUUCCAUUUGUUCUUGGUGAUUAUAUAUCGGUUUAAUUGAUCAAUUUACAAAAUAAUAUUUUUGUUUACUCCUUUAAAAUCUUUUAAGGGUACAUUCUGAUAAAGAAUUAAAACUACAAAAUUAUUUCUGAUAUUUUUUUAAGUUGUGGUAUGGGGAAAAUACAAAUCAACAAUAGUUCUGAUUUUAAAGCUCCUUGCACCAAGUCAACAACACUUUGUGAAGCAUCGUUUUCCACAAUAAUUUUUUUCCUUCUAUUUUCAAAAGAAUUUUGGGAUGGAAGUUGGAUGAAAUGAUUUUUGUAUUGGGCGUAAGUGGAAUGUUCAUGUGAUCUUUAGUGAGCAUAUGAAUGGUUACAGAAUAGCGCGAUGCCUUGCUGCAAUUGGUUGUCACAUCAAUUUGACAAAAGAGUGUGUGCACCAAAUGUAAUUUGUUACACACCUUUUCAUCAAGCACAAACACACAUUCACACCCUGACUUAAUGGCAGUUACAAGGUACUAUCAUUGUUGUUCUAUUGUUCCCUUUUUUGAAGAAAUUCUCUGUUGGUACCGCUAGAACAAAGAAGUACCCCGUAAGUUGGCACCUGUAAGGGCACACCCAUGCACACUAUCAUCUUAUAGCAAAAUCCACACUGGGGUUAUAAAUAAAGGGUUGCCGUUUGGGGAUGACUUUUGUGAAGAGUUCUCCCAAACCUGACUAGCCCACACUGAAUGGCGUAAUAAGGGCCCACGUACAUAUUAUACGUGGACUUCCUUAUUUCUAUAAAUGAAAUAGCUGAGAUGUGAUACGCGUAAAGGUUGACUUGUGCAAUAUUUUAGAAACUAUUCUUGGUUUUCUGGCUUAACAGAAAAUGUGUAUCAUACUUCAAAGUGUAGUACAAACUUGUACACAGACAUAUUACUACCAGUUGGUUCUUAGUAUAGACUAUGGUUCUUCUGGAACUCAUAGUGGGGGUGAUGGUGAUAAUGUUUUUAUUGGGGUGUUGUUGUUUUUUUGUUUUUUGUUUUUUUUUUUUUUAAUCACUUGCAGCUGCAAACGUUAUUAUAUGUAAAGUAUAUUGUGAAAUUUACAGAGUUGAUAAUUAAGGCAUACGUUAGAGACGGUGGUGGCUCUUUCUUUCUUUCUUUCAUGUGGUUCGUAUCUUCCAGCUGGUUAAACCAGAGUUGUAUGUUACACUUGACGGUAGCUCUAGUCAGCAAGUGUUUUUUUUUUUUUUUUUUUUUUUUUUUUUUUAUAAACGUCCUUGUGCCAAAGCUGUGUUACUUGGAACUUGGUUCCUGAAAUGUGUGUUUCUCGUUUUUCUGGUUUGAUUUUUGUCUUGAACCUGUUAUCGCUCUUUAGUUUGUAAUUUGCAUUAUUAUGCUUGUAAAUAUUACUGUGAUAUGCAGCUGGCUUCCAAUUAAAAAACAAAAAUAAAAAAAAGGGCUCUUUGUUACAAAUAUAAAUAUAAAAUAUAUAUUAUAAUUACACUUGUUGCGUGAAUUAAGAAAUAUGGUGUUUGGCUUUUUUUGUGUGUAUUUUUAUAUAUUAUUAAGCAUGAGUUUUAGAUGGAGGUAGGUGUUGUGUAUAAUAGCCCAUGAAGGCAUCCGAUCAUGUAUAAAAUACAUGGUUAGGUUGUAACAACAGAUAUGUAAAAGAGAGACACAUUGCAGCUGAGUUUUUGUCAGUAACUGUCAUCAUAAUGUGAGAGGAGAGAGCACUGACGUAAUUAAACAAAAUAAAAAUAUUAAAAAAGUCUUUGAGACAAGAAAAAAAUUAAUUAAACCUUGUUAACGAAGUGAUUUCAAGCUAAAAGCAACACGUAUUAUUAAGGUGUAUAGAUUUCAAAAAUCUAGGAAUUUUAUUUGUCGUUUGGCCUUUGCAACUAUACAAUUGAACUGUGAUUUUAUGCAAGUUAUGAUACCAUAAAGAUGGUGCUUAGAAAGUAGGAGUCAGCGUAAGGUUCUAGAAGGAUUUUCUGGUGUCGUUCUGUCGUGGUCACGAUUCGACUUAACCCAAAUGCCCCACCCUCUUUGAUCAGCGGUGAAAACCUCUGACUGAAGAAUGCAUUCACGUUAAGUGAACGAGGUUCACACACUAGUUUGUGUGUAUCUUCCACAUCGUUGGGGCAUGGCCAGUCAGGGACGAUAGAUUUGUUCAUGAGAGGUUUUGGCCAGGGCUGCUGGAAAUCCAGAAAUUCCAUGGCAGGGUGCACUGCUGGAUGUGUUUAAUUAUACAGUUUUUAAACAUGGACUGUAUGUUUGUGUAGUGCACAGCCAAAUGCAAGGUCCCAACUUUCCCUUGUUAGUUAACACACUGAUGCAAGUAUUUAAACACAACUCAUCUCACUUUUAUGACAUUGUAGACUUAACCACCAUCCAAAUAAGAUGGUCUAUUUUAAAUCACAUAUUGCUGCUUUUUUUAUAAUAGAGUUUUAUUAAUAGUUACAUAGUAACGAACAUGUAAUAGAAUUGAAUUUUUUCCAAAUUUACUGAAAUAACCUGUGGAUAUGUCACACAUAAUGCGGCAUCCAUUAUCUCUAUCAAAUUCAGCACAUUUUUUGUGUCAUUUUUAAAUGCCAAGAAAAGUACACUAUUGAGUCCGGAGUGGCCACUAUUAUGGCAUGAAUUGUUCCACUGUAGACCCAAUUAUUGGAGUUCAAUAUUUUAUGGCUCAUACAGUGUUUCUUCUUUAGUCAUCAUGUAGAAAAGGGGGUGAUUAAUUAAUUAAGUAAGUCUAAAAAAAUGUCUUUAUUGUCAAAUUUGUGUUUCACAAAAUGUUUUUAACAGUUUUUUACAAUAUGUAUUUUACUUAGCUUGCUUGUUAAAUGCUUUUAUUGCUCUCAUGUUCUUCUUACAUUCGGGUUAUUGAGUGGAACUCAUUAAACAAAGUUUAAAUAGUUUUUUGUUUGUUCCUAAAAAGAUUUUCAAUAUUUCCCUAUUGUCACCCUUGAGAUUAUAGUCUCAGAAUAAAAGAAAUAUUGUAAGCCUAUCAUGAACUCUGUUAUAAACAGUUUGGAAAUCUCCCCAGUGCCUAGACUUUUUGAAGCAAUUCAUUGCUACCUUUAACUCCAAGAGAUAAAUAAUACCAAUGCUGUUUAAAAACUUUAUAAAAGUUUAUGUUUAAGUCUUAUUUUUAUUUGCUGCACUUAUUAUAUAAUAUCAUGCAUGUAUAAGAUAAACUGUUAGAUUUUUUUUUUUUGCUCUGUACUUCCAUGUGUGAGGACACAAUAAUCUACAAUUAGUUGCUUAAAGUCAGAUAUAUUGUUAAGAUCCUGUUAAUCAGAAAUUAAAAUGGUGUUAAGGUAGAAACCUGCAUUUUGAAUUGAUGUUCAACACAGCUCUUUCCAGACUGAAACAAAAAAUAUAUAAAAAUUUGUUGGACGAAUAAUUCGAGUCCAAGUCCUCUUUGAGGCUCACUCUACUACCGUUGUCUCUAUGGUCUAUCAUCUUGACUCUACAAAAAUGUCUCCCAUCAUACCAAUAUGCAAUAAGUGUACAAUUUAUCACCGACAAAAUUAUCACAGAUUGAACGACCAAUUCCAAACUGUAAGAUGUUUCUAUGAGGGUUCAUUUUUUAUUCUUCAAUUACUUCAAAAGUUGAUCCCGUUUGGAGACAAAAAUCUGUAAUAUUUUAUACCUAAGCCUUUUGGUAUUCCUCUUGUGUUUAGUUUGGGUUGUACUAAGUCAAGGUAAAGUUGAUACAAAUAGGGUCGUAAAUUACAUUGCUCUCCAAUCCUUUCAAAGGGGGGCUUUAAAUUUUACAGAUAUUUCCCUACAUCUACCUUGUCUGGGAUUAGAGGCAAACCUAACUCAAUAUGUAUGCCAAAAAAUCAGUUCUUCAUUAUUCAAAAUAGAAGAAUGUUUGGAACACUUGCAUGAAACGACUAAUUACAAUGAAACUUUACUCCCUAAUUGGAUACACCUUGAUUGAUCCACUAAUCUAUAAAGGUUAUUUGAUCCACUAAUCUAUAAAGGUUAUUUGAUCCACUAAUCUAUACAGGUUAUUUGAUCCACUAAUCUAUACAGGUUAACUGAUCCACUAAACUAUAAAGGCACAUGUAUCUGGUCUUUAGAAUGACUGUUGAUCAAAAGUAACAUAAUUUUUAAAGAUCUAUGCAUACUAUUACAUUUCAAGAAAUAUUUGUUCUGACUUCCGUAAGAGAAUGAAAUGGAUGAUGAUAACCAGUAGGGGUAUGCUAUACCCUAACUUCAUAUUCCUUAGGAACGGCACACAUCUUGUUGUCAACAUAUUAACUGUUCAUGACAUGUUCAAACUAUUAUAAAACUUGACAAACUGAAAUCCAAAAACUGAAAAACUGAAAUAUACCAAUUAAUGGCAUACAUCAGAAUUUUAUUGAGUUUGAAUUUUUUUAAAUACAAAAUCAAUAUACAUUUAUACACAGUUUGAAAAACCAAUUGUUCCACUUUUUAAUGAUAUUUGUUUUAAUACUUCACUCAUCUCACUUGAUUGUUACAUAUCUUCCUCUAAGUAUAAAAUGAUAAUAAAUGUAAAACCUGUGACAAUGACCAUGAAAUAUGCAUUUUUAGAGGUAAAAUAAUUGUUGAUAAAUUGUAACAUUUGAACCAUUGGAGGCUACUAAUUCACUCCUAUAAUUUCACUAAGUAAGAUUCUGAUCAUUGUUUAUCUGCAACUUGAUCGUAUGCAAUUUACCAUGGUAGGUCUCACUGCAUUGAGAUUGGAUGUAAUGUCACAAAGCACUCACACACAACACGACCUAAUUUCACAAAGCUGUUAAGCACAAAAAUUUGCUAAGCACAGACAAUUUGGUCCUAGCAAAAGUACCAGCCACAAUACCAUACAGUUAUCAUUUCUGCUUAGCCAGGAAACUUACUGAGCAGAAUUGCCUGCUUGAAGGCAGGGUAUACUUAUGGUAGUUAUUUGUGCUCAAUUGGUUAUCGAAAUUGCAUAGAAGUUUUCAAAUGCGUGAGAAAGUCUUAGAAGUUAUUUAACAGCUAAGUGGAAUUGGGCCCUAUAGUUGUUCUUACAUUUAUCAGAAUAUUUCACAAAUGUUUUACUGUCCGAUCCACUGCUCUUCAAUAAGUUUGAGAAUGAAUGUGUUGUGGACGAAAAUCCCAAACUCUAUCCUCGAUUAACUGCUAAAAACCACUCCGGGUGCAGCAGGAUGCAGCAUUGGUCAUUUAUUGGUCAUAUUGAGGCUUCUAUUAAACCUUGGCUCCAAAUCUGGGCUACGAGUUCCGGGCAUGGGGUUCGAGGCUCCAGACCAGGCUCUGAUUGGUGUUGAAGCAACGUGCGAAAUGUACACUGAUCCAGACUUAUGAUGGAGUUCUAAUUAAGGUUCAGAAGAGAGGUCCAUACUGCUGCUCUUAAAGUGAAUAUACUUUCAGAAGACCGUUUUAAAAGAAUAACAUAAAUUAUCACAAAUAAGGAGAAUAUUUUGGAUUUUUGCCAAAAAAUGGCAGUAAAUUGAGAAAGCAUAAGUCCACAUUGUACACACCUGGAUGGUUGAAUCUUUCCCUGGUGGUUUUAUGCUUGUGUUUUGACUUUGUUAGUCUACCAUUGACUCUAAUGUUCUUAAUCCCUUGAGUGUUUCAGCCUAUCGUGCCUCUCCACAAACUAUCAACAACGCAAACAAGACAAUGAAUUUUGCAAAUACCGCCCUCUAUUCAUGAUUUGUAAAUCUAUUAACGAUCUAAACGACCCAUCAGUCAAAACUGAGUUAUGUGCCUAGUGAUUACUAUAGCAAACCAUUUCGUAGGGUACUCUUUUUAGUAAACGUGUCAUUAAAAAAUGAACUUCACAUGACCACUUUAUGGGGUGAUUUUUUCACAGUAUUUUUGAAAGUGUAGCUUAAGUUUUAACUUGUAUCCUUAAAUAAAACAUACAAUUAUUGGUGUAUUGAUAUUUUAAAACUCCUUUAUAUAAAAAAUAUAAAAAAAAUUGA